GCGGCAGCAGUGUUAUCAGCGCUGGUAGCGGCAGCAGGACCCUCCCUCCGUCUCGGCUAAUAAAUAUCCGCUGCCUGCCUAUUCCAGGCAUGGAUGACGGCUGCAGUCAGACAUGGCACUGCGACAUUACACCCUCGACCUCAACCUCUCCGCGGCAGUUGACCCUGCAUCGACAGUUCCUGGCCUACUGUCCAUAUUUCAGGAGCAGGAAAUGACAGAGACUGUCCAUGAAACAAAUGGACAUGGAUAUCUUGCUACUUUUGUAGGCAAAAAUGGCAGGCUUGUUGUUCUGCGCGUGCACUCCCAUGGGUUGGUCACUAUUGAUCUGCAGUGUUACCAAGAGGACAACAUUGCACAACUAGACAAUCUUUUAAAUGCACUGGAAAAGAAGCUAAAGGAACUGCUAAAAGGCAAUAUCACAAGGAUUAAAAGGCUCCCAGCUCUCAUACGAGGGGGAGAAGUUGACCGAUACUGGCCCACAGCUGACGGCAGACUGAUUGAGUAUGACUUUGACCGGGUGGUGUACGAGGAAGACUCUGCAUACCAAAACAUACGAAUAUUGCACUCAAAGCAGUUUGGAAAUAUCCUAAUACUCAACGGAGAUGUUAAUCUGGCAGAGAGUGACGUGGCCUACACCCAAGCCAUUAUAGGGAGUGGAAAAGAGAACUAUGCUGGAAAAGAGGUGCUGAUAUUAGGAGGAGGCGAUGGAGGCAUCCUCGCCGAGGUGGUCAAACAGAAGCCAAAGAUGAUCACCAUGGUGGAGAUUGACCAGAAGGUGAUCGACGGGUGCAAGGUGCACAUGAGGAAAACCUGCGGCAAUAUCCUCGACAACCUGAAGGGAGACUGUUACCAAAUACUGGUCGAGGACUGUGUCCCUGUGCUGAAGAAGUAUGUCCAGGAAGGACGGACCUUUGAUUACGUAAUAAACGACCUUACUGCAAUCCCGAUAUCCACGGAGCCAGAAGAAGACUCAACAUGGGAGUUCCUGCGUCUCAUCUUGGAUCUCGCAAUAAAAGUACUGCACCCAACUGGAAAAUAUUUCACACAGGGCAACAGCGUAAACCUGUCGGAGGCAUUGAGUCUGUACGAGGAACAGCUGGGAAAGCUCUCGUGUCCCGUGGGCUUCUCCAAAGAGGUGGUGUGUGUGCCAUCAUACUUGGAGCUAUGGGUUUUCUACACCAUAUGGAAAAAGUAAAGCUCUGGAUUUCUCUGCUUGAAUCCCCAGAAGGUGGAAUGUAAAUGCUGUACUCCUCUCUCUCUCUCUGCUGUCGCCUUCAGGUUGUGCUCAGACUGAACGUGACAUGUAAAUUAAAUGCAUGUCCAAGUCGAGACAAGCAAGUACUGGAGUUCCUGUGAUGGUUUUAAGUCUGAGUAGUUUAUACUUACAAAUAACUUCAACCCCUGAACCACAAACCAGUUUUCCCAAUUUGAGACACAGAUUGUGUCCACAGCUGGACAAAAAGUCGUUUGUCCUUAAUCUGAAAUUCAGCCCUAAAGGCAGCCUGCUACUUUAACACCGGUACAGCUGUGACUACAUCUGCCCUGUAAUUGGCUGCAAAACACUCAGUCUGAGCACAUCGUAAAGGGCUCAAUGACAGUUUGAUUGUCCCCUAUCUAUCCACCCCAUUUUACCCUGCUCUUCCUUCUCGUUCCUUUUUGGUUGUGUUUCACCAUUGUUUACUACAACUCACGAGUUGUAUUUCAUUUGUGUUAUUUGAUUUGGAAUGUCCAUUUGCAUGUACGCUGAGAAAAUCUGUUAGAUGUUUAAACACUGAUUGAUACACUGACAACUUGGUGUAACUCAUCUCACAAACAAGUGAGUUCUCUCUUAUUUCUUUAGAAUUUUUUUUCUUUUCUUGAGUUACAAGCUCAAAUUGUUUGAUAGGCUAAUGUAUAGACGCAGCGCAGCUGAAGGGAGUCGCUUUUAAGCUCUAGUUUUGUUACUGCCGCUCAAAUGUGAUUUGAUUCUUUCAGGUUGUAUCAAGGCGAUGUGAUCACGCCCAGUGAUGACUGUAGUGUUGAAGUCCAAAUGUGUUUUUAAAAGGGAAACAUUUCCACCACUUUAAUGCCACCUUUGUGCUUGUGCUGUUUUUAUGUCAUAUUUUAUUAGCACCUUGGUUUCUCCUGAUAUAUUUAAAGUUUUUUUAAAGACUGUAUAACGUGCAUGUGAAGGACAGUGAAUGUAGCUUGCAUAUAUAGUACACAGCACGUCUACACGUGAGCAACCCUGUGGGACUCAGUUACAUUUAUUUAUUCCAUAUGAUUUCACCAAAUGCUUUUCUGUUCCUUUCAAGAUGAGACAUUUUUGUGACCAUUUACAAUUAAAAUGUUUUGGGGGGAAAAGUC